AUGGGAAAUCUAGUGAAUAUUGCUGGUGCUGGAUUAUACGCCGGCCUGCGUAAAUCUCUGCACCAACCAUAUGACUCCAAUAAAAUCAAUAGCGAAUUUGAUUGGGAAAAAUUUUCGAUAUAUGAAGGUAAUACCAAUUACACUCUAGAGAGACAUAAAGUUAAUUCUUCAGACCCAAUUACCUUUAUAUCAGUAGCCAGAUACAUAUCCAAGAUGGCUCCAUUGGACAACGUUGAUAUCUCAAGAUUUGAAUGGGAAAAUGUGGACAAGAAUCUGUUACCAUCUAACAUUCCUGAAGUGGACGAAGUUGGUGCAACCUCCGCACCAUUAUUGAGUGCUUCCUACUUCAUUGGGGCCAAAUGUAAACCUUACAAUGAUGACUUCAUGAUGUGUAAAAGUGAAAACAAUGGUGGUACAUUAGAUUGUUUGAAGGAAGGUAGAAGAGUCACCAGAUGUGCCGUUAACGUGUUACAAGAUUUGAACAAGUACUGUUUUGAUGAAUUCAAGUUACAUUAUGAAUGUUUAGAACAAAAUAAUCACAGAUUAGGACACUGCAGGUAUUCUGAAGAAGUGUUUAACAAAUGUGUUUUUGCUAACUUGAAGUUGGAAAAGAAGAUUCCUGGUGUGGCCGAACAAAUCCAGUUGAACAAGAGUCCAAUUUUCCAAGGAGGAUCGAAUGAUAAGAAAAUCACAGAAGCAUUCUUGUUGAAAAAGGAGGAGUCCAAGGAAGCAUAA